CCGGUGUGGAGGCCGCAGCAGGGCCGUCUCCGGAGAUUCAUUCACAGGAGAAAAACACACAGACGCACUUCAGCCAACAUGAUGGUGCUGAAAGUAGAAGAGCUGGUUACAGGGAAGAAGAACAGCAGUGGGGAGACGGGGGAAUUCCUUCCUGAGGAUUUCAGAGAUGGAGAGUAUGAAGCUGCUGUUACUUUAGAGAAGCAAGAAGAUCUGAAGACACUUCUAGCCCACCCUGUGACCCUGGGGGAGCAACAGUGGAAAAGUGAGAAACAACGAGAGGCAGAGCUCAAAAAGAAAAAACUAGAACAGAGAUCAAAGCUUGAAAAUUUAGAAGACCUUGAACUAAUCAUUCAAUUGAAGAAAAGGAAAAAAUACAGAAAAACUAAAGUUCCAGUUGUGAAGGAACUGGAACCUGAAAUCAUUACAGAACCUGUGGAUGUGUCUAGGUUUCUGAAGGCUGCUCUGGAGAAUAAACUGCCAGUAGUAGAAAAAUUCUUGUCAGACAAGAAUGAUCCAGAUGUCUGUGAUGAGUAUAAACGAACAGCUCUUCACAGAGCAUGCUUGGAAGGACAUUUGGCAAUUGUGGAGAAGUUAAUGGAAGCUGGAGCCCAGAUCGAAUUCCGUGAUAUGCUUGAAUCCACAGCCAUCCACUGGGCGAGCCGUGGAGGAAGCCUGGAUGUUUUAAAACUGUUGCUGAACAAAGGAGCAAAAAUCGGCGCUCGAGAUAAGUUGCUCAGCACAGCGCUGCACGUGGCAGUGAGGACGGGCCACUACGAGUGUGCAGAGCACCUCAUCGCCUGUGAGGCGGACCUCAACGCCAAGGACAGAGAAGGAGAUACCCCCCUGCAUGAUGCCGUGAGACUAAAUCGUUAUAAGAUGAUCAGACUCCUGAUUAUGUAUGGCGCCGACCUCAACGUCAAGAACUGUGCUGGGAAGACCCCAGUGGAUCUGGUGCUACACUGGCAGAAUGGAACUAAAGCAAUAUUCGACAGCCUCAAAGAGAACUCCUACAAAUCCUCUCGCAUAGCUACAUUCUAAGGGGAAUGACAGACUCAUCAGUAGCUGUUCACUGGCAUUUCGAAGGUAUACGCCUGAGGACGAGCAACUAGCCAUAAAAUCCAGCUUCUGUUUAUCAACCUGUUGUGAAGAUAUACCUAUUGGUUUGAGAAAGCACAGGACUAUAGGUAUUUAAGUUUCCUUUAGCAAAACUCUAUUUAUUCCUGUUUAUUUAUUUACUUUGAUGAUACUCAUGUUCAGACCUUCACGCCCGUCCAUUUGGUGAGCAAAGCUUACUCUGUGUAUAAAACAUUCAGAGCCUUCCCGUAGUCAGUUCUUGUGCCAUGUGAAUGAGCAAUGCUGUAAGCGCCUGUUCUGUCACCUCUCAGUGAGAUAUUUCAAGGUGUUUUGAAAAGAGAAAGGGGAUUAUUGCAGCCCUCUUUUCUCCUGAGUUUUUAGUGCUGAGGUUGGAGUAAAGCAACUGAAGGCGUGUAGUGACAGGAAAGCAAACAAUGGAAUGAAAGAGACUCUGUGGGGAGGACAGUAGGGCCCAGCCAUCUUACCCCUGGGCCUGGUUUGCUUUGUUUUUUACCAAGUCACGCAGCUGCUGGGUGAAGAGAACGUCGUGAGUGUAAGUGCAGGGAAGUAAAAGGAGUGGCCAAAGGGGCCGUGCAGAAAUGAAUUCGCUCAAAAAAGAUGAGAGGAAAUGCAAGCUGUAAAUCUGUAAAUGUACAUUGUGUUGUAUGUAUAUUUUAUAUUCAUAAUAAAAGCAAAUUCUAAACUCUAA